AUGCGCACUUCUCGCACUUCAAAAGACACGGCGAAGGUGCUGCAGGCCCUCUCGCCCCCUAUCCGACGACAGACGCGUAGCUGCAAUGUCAGCGCUUUGAAAAGUUUCGCCUACAACCCAAACGCGACUCCGACCGUGAAGAUAGAACCAGAAAUUGUCUCAGUGACUCCGAGUUGGUCUGCCGUCAAAAGUGAGGAUGAAUCUUCCCUCUCCGAGCUCUCCGAUCUCUCUGAGGCCGACACGGCCGACAUCGAAGACCUCCUUGAACCACCAACGAAGCGCCAAAGGCGCAACGCGAGCCCCAUAACCUCACGCGUCCUCAAGCAGAGCACAAGUCCCCGCAAACCACAAAAGGUCAUAGUGAAGGAUGAGCCCGAUCAGAAACCAACACCGGCACCCAAACAAAGACGACUCCCUGCCCGAAAAACCCGCGACGAAGAUGGCUCGGUCAAGGUCGAACCCCCGUCCAACUGGGAGACGAUGUACAACAUCGUGAAAGAAAUGAGGGCAAACAACCCAACUGCACCGGUAGACACAAUGGGCUGCUCAGAGCUAUACUGGCGCGCGUCAUCACCAAAAGAUCGUCGCUUCCAGACCCUCAUCGCACUGAUGCUCUCAUCCCAGACGAAAGACACAGUCACGGCAGUAGCGAUGCAACGUCUUCACACCGAGCUCGGAGAUGGCGGCUCCCCAGCCCUAGACAUCAAAGUCAAACAAGAAGACGAGGAUUCAAAACCCACCGACAGCACCCUCAACCUAACCAACAUCCUAGCCGUGGACCCAACGCGACUAAACGAAUUAAUCCGCACAGUCGGCUUCCACAACAACAAAACAAAAUACAUCAAAGCCACCGCCCUGAUCCUGCGAGACCAGUACGGCGGGGAUAUCCCCUCGACUCCAGAGGGUCUCAUGGCACUCCCCGGUGUAGGACCCAAAAUGGCUUACCUCUGUCUGAGCGCGGCAUGGGGUAAACACUUGGGAAUCGGUGUCGAUGUGCAUGUUCAUCGCAUUACCAAUCUCUGGGGUUGGAAUAAAACUAAGACGCCGGAGGAGACGAGGAAGGCGCUGCAGUCGUGGUUGCCACAUGAGAAGUGGCAUGAGAUCAAUAAGUUGCUUGUUGGGCUUGGGCAGACGGUUUGCUUGCCCGUUAAGCGUCGCUGUGGCGAUUGUGAUCUUGCGGGCUUGGGACUUUGUAAGAGCGAGAUUCGAGGGCUUGAGCCGACAGUGAAGAGGGUUAAGAGGAGUCCUACGGUCGAUGAGCCGAAGGUCAAAAUCGAGGCUCUUUGA